GUCCUCCCUCCUUCUGCAGCGAGGAUGCGUGAAACCGAGCCACUGCUCCCCUAACCAGCCUGUCACGCUCUAUAGUGGCAUCUGGAUAGCUACCUGCGCAGAUUUGCUGAUAGAAAUGCGGAUACCUUAAGCGCAGUUGUCGUCUGUGCCAAAUAGAGCGUAAAAAUGUGAGCGGUAAAAGCUUUAGCGAUGUCAGGAGGUGGUUAUUGUGCAUUUUCCGACUGGGAAAGUUGAUUUUUGGCUGAUUUUGGACUAAGAAGAGAUGCAUCUAUUUCGGAGUUAUCAUUAUCAAGUGUUCCCGGAUCGCCACGGAGGAGAGAAGCCGUGCAUACGAGGCAUCAGCUGGACUCCACUGCCCGAAGCCCUGGACUCAAAAGACACCAUGAAGCAGUUUCUUUCAGAUCGAGUGGUGAAAGCAGCGAGGUCAGUGUACUGUGUGAUCCUGGAAAAGAGCCGGAGCCUCAUCAGAGACAGAAAGUAUCAUCUCAAAACAUACAGACAGUGUUGCUCAGGAAAGGAACUUGUUGAUUGGCUGAUGAAGGAGAACGAGGGGAUCCAGUCCAGGAGUCAGGCGGUGGGCAUCUGGCAGGUGCUGGUGGACGAGGGCAUCCUGGCACAUGUGAAGCAGGAGCUGAACUUCCUGGACAAAGACACACAGUUCUACCGCUUCCAGGAAUCAGAUUUUGGUCUGAACCACGUCACCAACGAGAAAGUUCCAGAGGAGGAGCUGCAGGAGGCGCUGUCUCUGCUCUCACAGCUGGGGCCUGACGCUUUGCUCACAAUGAUUCUACGCAAAAGCCCGAGUCAGAGAAGUGCAGAGGACCUGGAGGUGAUUUAUGAGGAGCUGCUACACGUCAAGGCUGCAGCGCACCUCUCCACUUCAGUGCGUAAAGAGCUGGCUGCAGUGCUGGUCUUUGAAUCUCAUGCCAAAGCCGGAACAGUGUUGUUUAGUCAGGGAGACAAAGGAACUUCAUGGUACAUCAUCUGGAAGGGCUCUGUCAACGUCAUCACACAUGGAAAAGGUGUUGUGACUACUCUACACGAAGGGGAGGACUUUGGGCAGCUGGCUUUGUUAAAUGACGCUCCUCGCGCUGCCACCAUCAUCCUCAGAGAAGACAACAGUCACUUUCUACGAGUGGACAAGCACGACUUUAUACGCAUUCUCAAGGAUGUGGAGGCAAACACAGUGCGACUGGAGGAACAUGGGAAAACUGUUCUGGUGCUGGAGAAGAGUGCAGAGUCCACUGAGCCUGGAGCUGGGACCAACAGCAAGUACACAGUGAUGUCUGGUACUCCUGAGAAAAUCCUGGAACACCUUUUGGAGACGCUAAAAUUGGAUUGUCCACAUGACGCUAUAGAUCCGUGUGUGAGCGACUUUCUGCUCACUCACAAAGUUUUCAUGCCCUCCAGUCAGCUGUGUCCUGCUCUACAGCACCAUUACCAAACCGAGCUGUCCGAAGGCUCAGAGCAGGAGAAGGCUGCCUACAUCCUGCACAGGAAACAGAAGGUAGUGAAGCUGGUUGGCCAGUGGGUGGCGCUGUACGGCCUGACGCUCAAAGAGGACCCUGUUGCUGUGGACUUUUUGGAGGGUCUAAGAAAAGAGGUGUCUGGGGACUAUCGGCUCUACAGUAUUUUAAAGGAAUUCAGAGAGAAGAGGAGGACCAAAAUAUUGGAAAAUGGCUACCAGUCUCUUGGCAGGAUCCACCAAUUUGACUGGUUUUCAAACUGUGAGGAGUCCAAUGGAAGGUUACAGCCGAUCAGAGCAAAGGAUAAAGUGCUGUACGAGAUCUACCAGCCGGAUCACAAACCUCUCACUGUGAUGCUCCCAGUGAACUCCUCUGUGCAGGAAGUGAUGUCGGCUGUGCUCAAACCUGAGUCUGAUCAUGUCCUGGUCAAAAUGAACUCUGCUGGAGAGCGAGCCCAGCUGAAGCUCGACUCCACUGCAGUGUUCACCGCCCUGGGACUGAACGAGAGGCUGUUCAUUUGUACGAGCGGUCAGGUGGAACAGCUGCGCCCCCUAAAGUCGCAACUGGGGCCAGAGCAGGGGACAGCAGACGUCUUGGAACAUAUGAGCUCCAAAGACAUCGCUAAUGAACUCAUCAGUUAUGACUGGGAACUGUUCACUGCCAUGGACGAGGUGGAGCUGGUUUACUACGUCUUUGGGCGACACAAAUUCAAUGGGUCCAUCACAGCGAACCUGGAGCGUUGUGUGCGACGCUUUAAUGAGAUCCAGUACUGGGUGGUGACUGAGCUGUGUCUGUGUGAAGACCUGGUCAAAAGAGCCAUUUUACUCAAGAAGUUCAUCAAGAUCGCAGUUGUAUUAAAGGAGCACAGGAAUUUGAAUUCAUUUUUUGCCAUUAUGUUUGGUUUGAACAACAGCGCUGUGCAAAGGCUUCACAAAACCUGGGAGCGAAUACCCAGCAAAAUCAAAAGAGUUUACUGCCAGUAUGAAAGAUUAAUGAACCCAUCUCGGAACCACAGAGCGUACAGACUCGCUGUGGCUAAACUCAGUCCUCCGUACAUCCCAUUUAUGCCUCUGCUCCUCAAAGACAUGACGUUCAUCCAUGAAGGGAAUCCUAACUACAUUGACAAACUGGUGAACUUUGAGAAAAUGCGCAUGAUUGCCAAGACAAUGAAGAUCAUCAGAGGAUGCAGGAGUCAGCCGUAUGUGCCUUCAUCUCCACAGAGAGGUCUCGCAGAUCGAAUGUUCCUCGAUGGACCUGCCAAUCGAAUAUCUACAUACUCUGAACUUGCCCAUCCUCUGAAGACGCCCAGUAACAUCCGGCACUACGUCCUGAACCUGAAGGUGAUCGACGGCCAGCGCAGACUCACUCAGCUGUCCAGGACCCUAGAGAGCUAGGGCUGGGCCUACAUGAGGACUUUUACACAAGAGAACUUUAGACUCUACUUUAAUAUGGAUUCUUCUGUCAGACUGAAGCAGGUCAUCACUGGACACAUGGACAGCAAACACUCAGCCUUAUGGAGGGCUGUACCACACCCACUGUGAAGUUACUUACACAUUUGUGUAUACAUCUACAGUGUUGUUUUAUAAAAGGUAAUAUCUAGAGAAGUUACGGACUUGAAUUUGAGUAACUCUCAGUUACUGCUGGAUUUACAAAGACAAUACAUCUUUUCCACUGGCAUAUUUUAUAUGGCAAGUCAAAGCUACUAAAAAUGAAACUGAAGUACUCAUAAUUCAAGGAAAUCACAUGUAAACAUUACUUUUU